UAUUCUUUGAUAAAUUGUCUGCAGCUUCAGUUGAACGGUAUACCAAAAUUUCAAGGUAUAAUUAUUCUCAAGAGUUCUUUCCUGUCAAACUUCAAGAUGACGGAUGCAAUUUGGAAGGCCUUGGAUAUGAUGCUGCAAAUCAUUGUGAGCAUCAUUGAGAAGGUCAUAUCUGGAGUGACAAGACUGCUUGGCAAGUUUAAAGAGAAGGUGAAGGACAUAGUAGCUGAAAGGGCUGCAGAGGUAUCGGUGGAUACAGGGACAAGAUACUGGGGUUUGAGAUCAGAUAUGCAAUUGCUGGCUAGGAACUUGAGGGCAUUGAGCAGCAGAGCAUCUGACAUAAAGGAGCAAGUGGAAGGAGGUGAGCGAUCAGGACAACAGAGGAAAUCAGAGGUGAACAAUUGGUUGGAGGAAGUACAAAUAUUAGAGAAUGAUUUCAUUGCAUUGCAGAGAAGGGUACAAUGUACUGGACCUGCCCAACAAGGGACGGAUUCAAGACAGAAAUUGAGAGAAAUGCAGAUACAGGGGAAAUGAGAAGAGAGAGCAGGGGAAGACUAAGAUAGUAUAGACGGGAAAUGAGAAUUGUUACAUCCAAAAACUACAUCCCUUCUCUUCCUCCUCUGCUUUAUACUAGUUUCUGGUAUUCUAACAAUAUAACUAACGCAUGCAAUAUGAAAGGACUCACAUGCUCGAUCAAUUAACCGACACAUGCAAUCUGUUAUUUGGAAUAUCUUCUACAACUAACUUCCUAACGUCAAAUAACUAGACUCCAGCUCGGUCAUUACAUACAACGGGAGAAGUUUUGGAAACUUUUCUUGGUUGGACGUGAUGUGAGAAAGAUGCAAGAUCAGGUGGUCCAAUUAACUGAGCAAAGCCAGCAUUUUGACGGGCUUUUCCUGUAAAAUCAGCGGAAUUUGGAGAACCACAGUUGAUGAUAGAAUUGAUAAUACAUCAUUAUUUGGAUGGACGUUGAAGAAGAAUGUUGAGAACAACUGACAAUGGCUCUGGACUAGGAAUUGAUUUCCUUCGAGAUUUUUUUCUUUUUUUUUUUAAAUUUUUUUAUGACUCUGUAUUCUGUAAAACUGCUAGUGCUUGAGCAAGAUGAAAGAGUCAAAAAUAAAUUUGAGGUGAAAUCUAAGGCCUGAGAUUGAAAGAAAUAGUGACCUUCAUUUAUGCAAAUCUUUUUAGUCUUUUGAUUGAUAGUAUAAAUGUUAA